AUGUAUCUCAAGGCAGCCUGCAGUGAGAUCCCUGUGUCUAGGCAGAGAGGGGGGCCAAGGCUGGAACGCAUCCCCAGUACCAUCCAGCAGAGGCAGGGGGCAGGAACCAGGGUGUACCCCUCAAGCCCUACCAGCUGCCUUCCAGGAAGCUUCGAUGCCAGCAAAGUUCGAGAGCAGCAAAGUUUGGAGGAGCUUCUUCAUGUACAGAGCCAUUUUUUCCAGGCGUCUCCCCAGCCUUGUGUCAGCAUGGUCUACAGGAAUCUGGGGAAAUCUGGGUUGCGGGUUUCCUGUCUGGGGCUUGGCACGUGGGUGACAUUUGGAGGUCAGAUCUCUGAUGAGGUGGCAGAGCAAUUGAUGACUAUCGCCUAUGAGAGCGGGGUCAACCUUUUCGACACGGCUGAAGUGUACUCCGGGGGGAAGGCAGAGAUAAUCCUGGGAAACAUCAUCAAGAAAAAGUGCUGGAGGAGAUCCAGCCUGGUGAUCACCACAAAGCUCUACUGGGGGGGAAAAGCAGAGACAGAAAGAGGCCUCAACAGAAAACACAUCAUUGAAGGUUUAAGGGGGUCCCUCCAGAGGAUGCAACUUGAGUACGUGGAUGUGGUUUUUGCUAACCGACCAGACAGCAACACUCCAAUGGAGGAGAUUGUGAGAGCGAUGACACAUGUGAUCAACCAGGGGAUGGCCAUGUACUGGGGGACGUCACGGUGGUCUGCCAUGGAGAUCAUGGAAGCAUACUCGGUGGCCAGACAGUUUAAUCUUAUUCCACCAGUGUGUGAGCAGGCUGAGUAUCACUUCUUCCAGAGGGAUAAAGUGGAAACCCAGCUACCAGAGCUCUACCACAAGAUAGGCGUAGGUGUGGUCUCUUGGUCCCCUUUGGCCUGUGGAAUCAUCACUGGAAAAUAUGAGAAUGGAGUCCCAGAAUCUUCCAGGGCCGCAAUGAAGCCGUACCAGUGGCUGAGGGAGAAAAUAAUGAGUGAAGAUGGAAGAAAACAGCAAGCCAAGCUUAAAGAACUGGCUCAUAUCGCGGAGAAACUCAGCUGUACUUUACCACAGCUAGCCAUAGCCUGGUGCCUGAGGAAUGAAGGAGUCAGCUCAGUACUGUUGGGAUCCUCAAAUCCAACCCAGUUAACAGAGAACCUGGGAGCCAUUCAGGUAAUUCCAAAGAUGACGGCAGGCAUUGCCACAGAAGUGGAUCAUAUACUGGGCAAUCGUCCACACAAUAAAAAGGACUACCAACAUUAGGAUGGACCCCCUUUUAGCAAACUAUGCUCCAAAAGCUUAUCAAAGCUCACUCUCACAGCCAUAGCACAAUAAGUCCGUGCCCAACUUUGCUCGUGUGCGCGUAUGACUGUGUGUGUGUGACUGUGUAAAGUGCUCUGCUUGGCUCAUCGUGUAUAUGAAGAUCAACCAGUACUCAUUGUUGUGAAAGUGAGCUACUUGACAAAGCAUGCAUGCUACAACUAUAGCAGACAGCCACUGGACUCAGUCUGAACAACAGCUAGAAGAUCCAAUGAGAUGAUUUAUUGUGUGAAGUUAUUUUCUGCUCCAACAAACUGUGCAGAAACUGCUGAGCUAUUUAUUCCAAGAAGCAAAAUAUUAGAUUGUUGGAGAAUAAAUCUUAGUGUAAGCAUGGGCCGGUUACUAAUUAUAACAAGAAUGAUUUUCUGUGAAGAUGGGUGUCAGUAUAUUAAGUUUAAAGGCACUUAUUGUCCCAAAAAAGCAUCAUAUAAGCUCAUGGCAGCACAGUAAUAUACAACAAAAAGAUGAGGUGUAUCAAAUUGUACCUGAUGUUCGAGAAAUAUAAUUUACUGGAUGGUUGUGAUGUGUUGAAAAAAAUCAGUGAUGACUUGUGUAAUUGGGCCUGGUCUCAGCAGACUGGAUGCUAUGCUAACACUUCCCAUUGCAGCUGGAGCUGAUCUGUCAACGUGAUGAAUUGUUUUAGUACUGAAUGAAAUGAAAUUCUGCACACUAUGUUGUUGCAAAUACCAAGAGAGCUAAGUUUCAAAAACAUCUGUACUGACUGUUAUAUAUGUUCCUUGAUUAAGCUGUUCGGUAAAAAAAAAAAACACUUUUCAUCUCCUCGUGUUUCUUUUUUCCUCUGUACUUAUGAUGCAAAAGUACGGUAGUGUACUUUCCUAUUGUGCCCCUUAACUUCCGUAUAAUUUAAACUCUGCCAGACUUCCUGUCAGUGGUGAUAAUGUCUGAUUCAUUUAAUUUGCAUCCAUGUUGUGGCUAAAACUUUUGUUGAGUUAAAACGGGGGAGAUGAUCUCCCUGAGGGGAGCUUAUGGAUUUAACAAACAAAGCCAUGUAGCUAACGAAGAGACUCAGUAAUAAAUAACACCAUAUGGACCCCUGAAGUCAUUGCACCAUGAACACACUCAAAUCUUACCCAACUCCUCUCAGAUGCCAGUUUUACAUACUAGGAUUGUCUUUGUUAUGUCCCGUCUGUUCAGACAUGUAUUUUGGUGUUGUUCUUCAGGUUUGUACAUACAAAUAAAGAGCUUAUAAUUCUCAUGUGA